CUCUCUCUCUCUCUAUCUCUUCUCUCUCUAACCCAGUGUUGUAGAGAGAGAAAGAAUCAAACAGCGAGAGAGUGAGUAAGUGGUGGGGGGUAGUGCUCUUCCAACGUCGAAAGUUCUUAUUUUUAUUUAUGUUUUUAAUAAUUUUCUCAUCAAAUUUGAGACAAAUUCAGUUAAUACGUCAUAUUUAUAUAUGUGAAGCCAACUGUCAAGUGUCAACUGCAAAAUAAUGUGAGCUCUUCCGAUUCUCAAACAAGUUAGAUGUACUUGUCACAAUGUAAAGGUGAUCUCGAAUAAAAUGUGCUGCACUUGGUGGGAAAUAAACUAAUAUUUAUCGCUCCGAAGUUCUGUACAACUAAUUCCUCAUCCAAGGGAAAUUAUAAAAAAAAAAAUGGGUUCGUGGGCGUACUUUGAUCCCGAGUAUGAAACGUUGAGCAUACGAAUGAACCCUCCACAGGUUUCGGUGGACAACUCUAGCUGCAAGGAGUGUACUCUGGUCAAGGUUGACAGCAUGAACAAGCCAGGUAUACUGCUCGAGGUGGUUCAAAUCCUAACCGACUUAGAUCUCAUCAUUACCAAAGCCUACAUUUCUUCCGACGGGGGCUGGUUUAUGGAUGUAUUCCAUGUCACCGAUCAACAAGGGCAAAAGAUUACCGACACCAGAACCAUCGAACACAUCGAAAGGGCUUUAGGACCGAAGGGAAACACAUCGGGCAUAUUAAAAACUUGGCCCGGGAAAAAAGUCGGGGUCAAUUCUAUGGGAGACUACACUGCUAUAGAGUUGAUAGGUAGGGACCGACCUGGACUAUUAUCCGAGAUUUCUGCUGUGCUGGCGAAUCUCCAAAUCAACGUCGUUGCAGCCGAGGUCUGGACGCACAAUCGACGAAUCGCGUGCGUUCUCUACGUGAACGAUGACAUCACCAAUCGUGCGGUGGAGGACGAGUCCCGAUUGUCCGCUAUGCAGGACCAGCUUAAGAACAUACUCCGCAUCGGCGGCGGUAGUGACGACGAUGAUAGUGUACUGGGGCGUACGAGUUUCUCCGUGGGAUCCACGCAUGUGGACAGGAGGCUCCACCAGCUCUUGUUUGCUGACAGGGACUACGAGGGCGCUUACGUGGCGGGGAAUGACGGUGAGGCGGACUGUCCGAUCAAACCGAAGGUCACGAUCGAACGGUGCGAGGAGAAGGAUUACUUUGUGGUGAAUGUGAGGUGUAGGGAUAGGCCGAAGCUCAUGUUCGAUAUCGUGUGCACGCUUACGGAUAUGCAGUACGUUGUUUUUCAUGCGAGCGUUUCUUCUGAAGGACCGUAUGCCUCACAGGAAUACUAUGUACGUCACAUUGAUGGAUUCACUUUGGACACGGAAGGGGAGAAAGAAAAGGUUGUUAAGUGCCUCGAAGCAGCGAUUAGACGAAGAAUUAGUGAGGGUCUGAGCCUGGAGCUAUGCGCAAAGGAUCGAGUAGGACUUCUCUCAGAAGUGACACGAGUUCUUCGAGAAAACGGGCUGUCGGUCACAAGAGCCGGGGUGACAACUGUCGGGGAGCAAGCCAUGAACGUAUUCUACGUCAGCGACGCUUCGGGAAAAUCGGUGGAUGCAAAGACUAUCGAAGAAUUACGCAAAGAAAUAGGGCACACGAUGAUGCUAAAUGUCAAAAAGGCCCCUACUAAUGCAGCCAAAGCGCUCGACGCAAACGGAUGGGGCAAAAAUAGCUUCUUCUUCGGAGGUUUGUUGGAGAAGUUUCUCACUUGAACGAGGUUUGUGCAUGCAUGCGAAAAACGUUUUAAUUUAAAAACAUUCGUCCUAUGUAGUUAUUGUUAUGUUUGUUCUUUUUCCGGAGAUUUUUACGGUGUUGACAGCUUUGUCGGAAGCUUUCUUUCUGUAUGUUACGUUGUGAAUGGAUCAACUGUGUUGAACUGUACAAAUGGAGAUGAGUGUAUCGAAAUAAAACGGGUUGUACAAUUGUUAUUAGAAUUUUUUUUGUUGUUGUU